CAGUAUGGCCUCGGUUCCAUGGGCCUAGCAAUGGCCACCAACCUCCAGCGCCAUCUCGUCACCAAAAAAGCUCCUGGAAUGAUCUAUUCCAACCGUACAAUGGCACGCGGCAACCCCCUGCAAGCACUAGGCGGAAUUCCUGAGACCAGUUUCGAGAAAGUCGUCGGACAGUGCGGGAUUAUCUUCACCAUGAUCUCGAACGACGCCGUGCUGUCCAACCUCAUCUCGACCGCUGUUAACUCUGGACAGUCCCUCCGCAACAAGAUCUUCGUGGACUGCUCCACUGUUCACCCCCAGACCGUGGGAUUGACUGUCUCAAAGCUGAAGGAGAAGCAGGCGGUGUUUUUGUCGGCUCCGGUGUUUGGGGGGAAUCCGAUUGCUGUGGAUGGGAGGUUGGUUUUUGCGAUUGGGGGGCCGAAGGAUGCUGUUGGGUUGGUGAAGCCGUUGAUCCAGGAUGUUAUGGGGAGGAGGGUUAUUGAGUGUGGGGAGGAUGCUACUAAGGCUUCGCUGUUGAAGAUUGCAGGAAACAUCGUCACCGUCAACAUGAUGGAAGCCGUUGGUGAAUCCCAGGUCUUCGCUGAACGCACCGGCCUCGGAACAGGUCCAAUGGAGGAACUCAUCGGAGAAGCUUUUGGUCCUGUUGCCGGUGGUUACUCCAAGAGAUUGACCACUGGCGCCUACGCACCUCCUCUUGACUCUCGUCCCGGAUUUGGCGUGUCUUUGUCCAUCAAAGAUGCAAACCAUGCCUUAACCAUGGCCAAGGAUCACAACGUCGAGCUGCCUGCUCUGCAACUUGCCCAGGAGAACAUGGAAGCUGCGCGGGAGUACGGCGGCGAAUGCCUUGAUAGCAGCUCUAUGUAUGGCGUUUUGCGUCAAAAAGCUGGAAUGGAUUUCUGGAAUGAAAAGAGUAGAAAGGGAGGGUCUUAAAUUAACUUUUAUAUAGAGAUGGAUAUAGUGUUCUACUCCGUACAUACAAAAAAAAAAAAAAAAAACAAACACAGAUCCAUAGCUCAAUGAUCAAAUUAUAACUCAAAACAAACACAAUGCCAACCCUGUUCUAUGCGCCAGAUUAUUCACAAACCAGAUGAUGAAAAUCACAC